AUGCGCGUGCUCUGCCUCCCUCAACCCCCUCACUCCCUCCUCCACCCCACAGCCCCUCAAUCCCUGCAAACCCCCUCACUUCCCGCACCACCCUCACCUCCCGCACCACCCUCACUUCCCGCACCACCCUCACUUCUUGCACCCCUCCUCAGCCACCUCAACCCCCCUUGCCUUCCUCAAAUUCCUCACCUUGCUCAAUGCACUUUCAGAUGCUAUCCCUUGUGCCCGUUCCCUCCUCUCCUCCUUGUAUCCAUUGUUGCCCUCUCACGCGCGCAGCUGCGCACUACGCAUCCGUCUCCAUCCCUCCCUUGCAUCCGUCUUCGUCUUCCCCUCUCGUCUCCACCCUCCCUCCCCUCUCUCCCGCCCGCAGCUCACACGCCUCUGCACGUCGCCAGGGCGCGCAGGGGGUUCCUCUCGGAGCUGCAGUCUAUCAAAGACGAAGAGAACGUCGCGGGGCCCAUCUCAUAUGAGUCACCCCUGGACAUAGUGCUGUACCCGGACCCGCGCUUGAGGGCGCCCAACAAGCGAGUGAACGUCUUUGAUGAGUCGCUGCAGAAGCUUGUAGCGGAGAUGUUCGAUGUCAUGUACAGGACGGAGGGCGUGGGGCUGUCAGCGCCACAGGUGGGCGUGAACGUGCGCCUGAUGGUGUACAACCCGGUGGGCGAGAGGGGCAAGGGCGUUGAGAUGGUGCUCGUGAACCCGCGCAUUGUCAAGUACGCCAAGGCACGGGAUGUUAUCGAGGAGGGCUGCCUCUCCUUCCCUAAGAUCUACGCUGAUGUUGAGCGGCCAAUGGGUGUGAAGGUGGAUGCUCAGGAUAUCAACGGCCGGAAAUUCAGCAUCAGUCUGAAAGAGUGGCAGGCACGCAUAUUCCAACAUGAGUACGAUCACCUUGAGGGGACCCUUUACUUUGAUCGAAUGACCCCGGAAGUUCUCGACACUAUUCGCAGCAAGCUCAUCGAUCUGGAGGACAAGUAUGCUGAAGCCACUGGUGCUCCACCGCCUGAGUCGGUUGCUAAAAGACCAGCUGCUACCAAUGCUGAUGUGACAUCGGCAACGGACGGCACAGUGCCCAACACCCUUGUGGUCUCCAACGCGUAUGUCGUCAAGCCUCGUGUAGCCGCCCCUCGGGAUAUCUGCCGGUUCAAGUACGACAGGCGGUCGCCCUUUGUGCGCAAGUUCAAGACGAUCGUGCACCCGGGGGAGGUGAACCGCAUCCGAGAGCUCGUGCAGAACCGCAACAUCAUCUUCACCCACACAGACAGCCCUGAUGUGCUCAUGUGGCACGUGGAGCGCCACCCCUUCUGCACUCCUUCUUUCAACACCCCCGCCUCCACUCCUGACCUGAUCUUGGUAGGGCACACGGACGAUGCGGAGUUUGCCAUGGCGACCAGCCCGGUGGCGCCGCUGGUGAUCAGCGGGGGCAAGGACCACAAUGUGCUGCUCUGGAACGUGGCGGACCACGUCACGUCGCUGCAGUCCUCUGCUGCCCUCCGCAAGCCCCACCCCGCCGCCAAGCCGAAGGCCAAGGCAGCUGCUGCGCCCUCCGCACCUUCCCGCUCUGCCCCCUCUGCCUCUGUUUCCUCCCGUGCCCGUGCUGACUCCCCUGCUCGUAGCGGGGGUAGAGGUGGGGGAGGGGGAGGGGGUGGGGAUGGGGAUGGGGGAAGCGCGGUAGGGGACGCAGAGAAGAAGCGGAAGCGGGAGGAAGUUGUGGUGAAGGGAGAGGAAGUGAAGGAAGUGAAGGAAGGGGAGAAGGAGGAUGGUGGAGGGGAGGGGGACAAGAGAGGUAGGGGAUUGGAAGGGAGCGGGAAGAAAGAGGAGAAAGAAGUGGAGGGAAAGGAGGGAGGGGAGGGCAAGCAGGAGGAGGCGAAAAAAGAGAACGGAGAGAAGGAGAAGAAGGUGGAAGGAGAGAAGAAGGUAGUGAAGGAAGAGGAGGGGAAAGAGAAGGGGGAGGAUGGGGAAGAGAAGGAAGGGGAGGAGAAAGAGAAGGGGGGUGAGGGAAAAGAGGAGGGGGAGGGGAAAGAGAAGGAAGAGGGUACCACAGUAGAGGAGUCUAAGGAGAAAGGUACUGAGGGAGAGGAGAAGGUUGUGGAAGGGGAAGGGAAAGCAGAGGAGGGGACAAAGACGAAAGAAGAGGCUGAGGGGAAAGUAGGUUCAGAAGCGAAAGAGGAAGCAGAAGAAAACGUGGGGACAGAAACCAACGCGACGGACAAAGAAGAAGAGGGGGCAGAGGCACAACCCGCAGGAGCAGAUGCUGAUGUGGUAAUGGCCGAUGCUGAUGGUGCUGCUGCUACAGCUGCCACUGCUGCUGCUGAUGCUACUGCUGCUGAUGCUUCUGAUGCUGAUGCUGGUAAGGAUGCAGUUACUGCAGGUGGUGCUGCUGAUAAUGAUCAUGCUUCUGUGCCUGGUGUAAAAGCGGAGGAAGGGACAGGGAGUGACGAGAAGACAGGCAAUGGCGAGGAGGGGAAGGCAGUGCAGGAAGGAAAAGAAGCUGAAACGGUGAAGGCAGCUGAGACAGGGGAAAAGGAGGAGACAGAUACGGAGAAGGUAGAGGGGGACGUAGGGAAGGAAGUAGCGGCAGGGGGAGGGGCGGAGGCAGGGAGCAAGAGUGAAGCAGGGAAGAAAGAGGGUGGUGGUGAUGAUGCUGAAAUAACUGCCUCCGCUGCUCCUGCGGGUGCAGAUGCAGAUGCACCCUCAGAGGCAGUGAAAGAGAGUGAGGGCAUGGACGUGGAUAAGACAGGGGGAGAGGAGGGCGAGGGAGGGAGGAAGAGUGAUGCGGUUGGGAGUGAUAAGGCAGGGGGGGAAGACGGUGAGGAAGCUGGGGGAGGGAGCAAGGAGGUGAAGGAGGAGAAAGCAGUUGAGGAAAGGAAAGAGGGGAAAAGCAAGGAGGAAGACGGAACAACUGACGGGGCACCAACAGGAAUGGUUGUUGACGAGGCAACUGGUGGUGGUGCUGGUGGUACUGGUGCUCCUGGCGAUGAUGAAGCAGAGGCAGAUGCAGACGCUGCAGGCAAGCCCACUGCUGCAGCCCGGUCCUCCUCCCCGUCCCCUCCACUCAAGCUCGGAUACGCUCCGAAAUCCACAAGCCUGGCUCCCCGGGGGGUGUUCAAGGGGCACACAGCGACCGUGGAGGACGUGUGCUUCCACCCCUCGCACUCCCAGCAGUUCUGCUCCGUGGGCGACGACUCGAGACUGCUGCUGUGGGACGCACGGACAGGCGGAGAGAAGGGGCCGUGUCAGAGGGUGGAGAAAGCGCAUGAUAGUGAUGUUCACUGUGUGGAUUGGAACGGGCGGAAUGAGCAUAUGGUGGUGACGGGGGGCGCGGAUAAGAGCGUGCGGUUGUUUGAUGUGAGGAAGCUCGGGGGAGGGCCGGUGGGGAAGGUGGAGGGGGAGGCGAGGGGGAAGGCGAAGGCUACACAUGCGUUCCGCGGAGGGCACCAGGCAGCUGUGCUGUCCGUGCAGUGGUGUCCCGACAGCCCCACGGUAUUCGCCAGCUGUGCAGAGGACGGCCUGGUCAACAUCUGGGACUGCUCGCUGCUGCAUGUGGAGGCGGUGAAGUCGUCUCGAGCUGACGGGGUGCCGCCCGGACUGCUCUUCCAACACGUGGGCCACCAGGAUCGAGUUAUUGAGUUCCAGUGGGCACCGAAGGACCCGUGGACGUUUGCGAGUGUGUCAAGCAACGUGAACAAGAGAAGGGGAGGAGGCACGCUACAGGAGCUCGCCUCGCGGGGGUUCGUCGACAAUCUCCGCCCGCCCAUGGCGGCGGCCGCGGAGCUGCUUAGCGCAGUCGGAAGAAGCGGAGAUGGCAGUAACGAGGAUGAUGACGUGGAGCUUUGGCUCGUUCAGAUGCCAGACGCCAAAAGUUUGGACCUCCGCGCGCUCGACGGCGCGCAGCUGCACGUGCAGGCGGGCGCGGGGGGGGGAGCGGGGGCACAGGGGGAUGCGCGGAGAGUGGAGGUGUGCCGGUUUGCGCCACCAGGGGCAGCUGCAGUGGGGAGAGGCGCAGCGGGGGGAAAGGGAUUCGUCUGGGGAGGCCAGCCAAUCACGGAGCUCGCACUCGUGUCGGACCCACUGCCCCGAGGGGGUCUGGUGGCGGUUCUGCCUGGCUGUGACGGCCGCCCUCCCAUUGUGCGGCCAAUCACUCGCUCCGUAACGUGUGUGUCUGCUGCGGCCGUGCCACAGCCUGAGUCCACUCCAACGCCCCCUCAAGAAUCUUUGUCUGCCAAGAAGAAAUGCAAGCAAAAGAAGCUUGCUGAUAAGGCGGAAGUACCACUGGUAGGACAGAAGGGAGCUGUGACAGCACCCGUUCAAAUUAUGAAGGAACGUUCCGCUGCUCAGGUUUCUGACGUCCCCCACAGCGAUUCUGCAAGCGGCUGUGGGUUUUUGGAAGGCAGGAGCAAAGUAAUAUAUCAGAAGUUCAUUCCGAUAUCUACUGAUGCGGACGCAAUUGACGGCUCUCAAUCGCCCUCGCCCAGGCAAGACAUCUCGCAUCCGCGUCGCCUGCACCACAGCGGGCCAAUUGUCAUUGGUAACCGGAAGAAGGCGCUCUUCGCUGCUGCUCUCGAGGCGAGGGAGGCGAAGAGGAGCGGUACCGCGGAUGGGGCUGUUGAUGCUGAUGCUGAUGCUGCUGCUGAUGCUGCCGGUGCGGUUGCUGCUGCUGCCGGUGCUGCAGGAGAGUUGGUUUCUGCUGCUGGAACUGAAAGCCCUGGUGGUGCUUCUGUUGCUGGUGACGCUAAUCGCUUUGCUGCUGCUUCUGUCAGUGACAGCAGUGGUGCUGGUAUUGAGGCUGAUGAUGGAGGUCGCUGUGAUGCUGCAGGUGCAGAAGCCGUGACUGCUAGCUCCAGCAGUGUUGUUGCGAGUGCUGAAAGGAAGGGAGUAGGAGGGAGCGGGAGCCUAACCAGUGACCCAUUCCGCCCCCUCACCUCUCCUCCCUGGGCGGCCAAGCCCCCGCACUCCCUUAAGCCAGCCUCACAUGUAACCUCGCCGCCGUUACACAGCAACCAUACCAUUAAGCAUGCCACUAGUAAUACUCAAGAGCAGCGCACGACAGAUGGCACACAGAGCGGGGAGCAUCAGCAGGUGGGCACUGUGGAGUAUCCCUCGUGUGCCUCGGAAUCUUUGGCGGAUCAGCGGCAGCAACGGCCGCGGUCGCCUCAGCUGAACUUCAGGUUUUUCUCCUCCAAGCCACACAAGCGCACGGGCAGCCGUGCUAGUGCUGCUGCUGCUGGUGGCAGCGGUGGUGCUGAUGGUGGUGGAGGUGGCGAUGACUGUGGUGUGGUUAGCAGCAGUGAUAGCAUCACGAGUGACAUUGCGAGCAGUCUGCAGGAGAAUGGUGGUGGCACUGCGGCAGAGCAUAGCAGGCAGGCAGGGUCCCCUCAGCCUGGUGGUGACUUGGUGGCCCUGGCUUUUGCUUGUGGAACCACCACAGACACGCGUAGCUGGAGGGAGCAGCAGCAGCAGCUGCAGCAGCGGCAUAAUCAGGAGGUGAUACCUGAGGCCACAACAGGGCAGCCGUCUCCUACCAAUCCCCUCUCCCCUCUGAGCGAUGGCUCGUGUGACUCCUACUUUAGCUCUCCGCCACACGCGCUGGAUCGGUGCGUGACUGAACCAGGUCAACACAAGUCAGCGCUCUCACCAACCCCAGACAUGCAGAGCAGUUACACAAAAGCAGAGGGGAUUGAUGAUGCAGAGGAAGGGGAGCGAGAGCAAGAGGAGGCGGGGGGGAAGGGGUUAGGUGCUGGAGUGAUGCGGCUUCAGUCGAAAAUCUCCAAGGCAGUGGACAAGAGAAUGUCGGCUCGGGGGGGUGAAGCGGGAUUCACGUUCAUGAGAGGCUUGAAUGGGCGGCGCAGAGACAGAAAAGGAGGCUCUGGCGCUGCCUCUCAGGAUUUUGGCAAAGGAGAAACCGAGGGAGGAGGAGUUGGGGCAGGCGCAGGAGGAGGAGCAGGAGGAGGAGGAGGAGGGGUAGGAGAAAAGGGAGCAGGGGGUUUGCGCUUCCUGUCGCCUGGCAUGGCUCGUAACCAUAGUGUUCCAGUCGCUGCUAGUGAAUCCGCACGCCCUCCCAAGCUGGAUAAGGUUGUCUACGGCCCACCUGUGCGUGUCCCAGUCGAUCCCAGCCGUCCAAUCGCCCUGUCGAUCCGUCCACGCCCUCGAUCUGGGACCCUGCCCCAAGGGACCCCCCAUGGCAGCCGAACAUGCCUGCUAGUUACCCUAGAUUCUUCCAUUAUCCUGGUUACAGAUGAUGGGAUCAGGGUGUGGGAUAUCCAACAUGUGAUGACUGCACAGGGGGCCUUGGGACUAGGAAACCCAAGAGGGGAUGAAGAGGCAGCUGCGUUCUUCUGGGUGCCAUUCGGGGCAGGUGUAUCUGCAGCCAAGAGCAUUGCAGCGGAUGUUAAGGGACGGAUGGUUUUCACGGGGCACAGGGAUGGAAGGGUGCUGGUGUGGAGGGUGCGGGAGAGGGGAGCAGAGAGAGAGGGUGCUGCGGCUGUGGGCGACGGAGCAGCACAGGGUUUUGGAGGAGGAGCAAUGGGCGGAAACGACUCAGGCGUUGGGGGAGGGGAGAGGUUGCCUGGGUGGAAGGUGUGGGCAGAACUCGUGGCAGAGUGGCAGGCGCACACCACCACUGUGACAGCCCUGGUAGUCACCUCAUAUGGUGAGCUCUGGUCCGCGGGGGACAGGGGCGUCAUCAAGGCGUGGCCCUGGCCCAGCCUAUGCAGCGAGCUCUCCCGAACUUCAUCCUCGCCCAGCCCAGCGGCCUUACCACCCACUGUUCCUGUUAGCAACGCUGCUCCCCUCCGUGCUCCUUGUGUGAUUCGGCCUGCUGCGGUCCCUGUGCUUCUGCAUGCCCCCAACAGCCAGCUGCCACAGAACUGCGUUGCAGUGGCGUCUGCCUCAGCUGCUGCUGCGGAUGGUGAUGCUGAUGAUUCUAGAGCAGCUCGUGGGGCAGGAGGGGACACUCCUGUCACUGUAACAGAAAGCAGUGGCAGUGUAGCUGCUGCUACAACGGGCAGCAGUGGUGGGGGGGGCAGUGGCAGCAGCGCUGCUGCGGGGACUGGGGGUGAGAGCGAGGGAGGCAGUGGUGGCGUGGUGUACGGAGUGACGUCUGUGCGGCGACUGGUGUCAGACCCGGCAACAGGGCAGGUCUGGAGCAUUGGAGCUGCUUCCAUCUCCAUCUGGGACGCGAGGAAGCGAGCGCUGGUGUGUCAUGUGAAAGUGAAGGACGAGGAGAGGGCUGCUGCGGAUACCUCCUCUGGCGCUGUUGCCUCUGGGGCCAGCAGCGCUACAGCCGCUACAUCCGCUACAGCCAGCAGCGCCACAGCCCCUGCCAACAAUGCUACUGGCGCUGCUAGUGCCACCAAUGGUGGUGGUGCAUCUAUUGCUUCUAGUCUAUCUAUUGGUUCAGCCCCCAUUGCCAGCAGCAAUGGUGAAGCACCAGUGUUGGCAGCAGCGCCACCACCACCGGGUGACGACGAACCCUUGUCUUCCACCUCCUCCGCCUCUGCCUCCUCCUACUCCUCCUCCUCCUCCCGCCCCCCCAAGCGCAAGCUCCAUGCGGUCGCGCCAGCUGGCGACGGCACGGUGUGGAUCGGGCACGGGUCGGGCAUGCUACGGCAGUACGACUGGGCGGGCGGCAAACUGCAGGAGGUGGUGAUGGAGGCCGGCGUGUGUUGUCUGUGUGUGGUGGGGCUGCGGCUAUGGGUGGGCACAGCGGAUGGAAGCAUCACAGUGCUGCAUGUGCGCACAGGGAGGGUGAUCGGGGCAUGGCAGGCUCACUCUCCCGCACCAUGCUCCAAGGCAGCAGCCAAGGCCGCACGAGCAGCAGCAGCAGCAGCAUCCCCUUCCCCUUCCAUUGGAACCGCAUCAGACCUGUCUCAACCUUCGGAUGACACAACCCUCUCCUCCCAGGCUUCAACAGCGGCAGCGGCUGCAGCGGCGACACCAGCAGCGAUCCGCCAGCUGGCGCGGUGCAGCAGCUUCAUAGUGUGUGUCUCCCGCACGGGGCAGGUGAGUGCAUGGCUGGUGGCUAUCCCAGGCCCGGUGGACCCUGCCCUUCGUGCCACCCUCUCCUCCUCCUCCGCCCUCUUCACCUCCCGGCAGAGAUUCCGCCUGGCUGCCUGCACGUGGAACGUUGGGGAGGAGAGAGCGGUGCAGAGGAGUGUGGAGGCGUGGCUGGGGGAGGUGGCAGGGGAAGGGCCAGAGAGGGAAGAAGGGGCGGAUAGAUUAGACCAGGCAGUUGGGGCAGGUAUGGGGAAUGGGACUGGGGGAGCAGUGGAUGUGGGGAAUGGGGUAGGAGGGGGAGGAGCGGAUAUAAUAGCAGUGGGGUUGCAGGAAGUGGAGAUGAAUGCGGGGGCGAUAGCCAUAGCAGCGGCCAAGGAGUCAGUGCGCCUAGGGCUGCAGGAGCGGGGGUCGGCGCUGGGGGCACACUGGGUGGCAACGAUUGGCGCUGCUCUGGCGUCCCGAGGGGCGUUUGUGCGGAUUGUUUCGAGGCAGAUGGCGGGGAUUCUCAUCACUGUGUGGGCAAGGGCGUCAUUUGCCCAUCUCAUUCGGGAUGUGGAGGUGGGGGCUGUGCCUCGGGGGUUUGGCCGCACAUUGGGCAACAAGGGAGCGGUGGCGGUGCGCAUGAGUGUGUGUGGGCGCAGCGUGGCGGUCCUCAGCUGCCAUCUCGCGGCCCACAUGGAGGGCGUGGCGAAGCGCAACGAGGACUGGCGCCGCAUCUACCGCCACCUCUCCUUCUACCGCCCCCAGACUACCCUCGCUUCUGCUGCCUCCUCCGCUGCCAAAGCUGCCGGGGGCGGCUUGAAAGGUGGGUUCCAUACUCUCAUGGGGAAUAACAACUGGCGUCGCAAUUACCGCCACCUCUCCUUCUACCGCCCCCAGACUACCCUCGCUUCUGCUGCCUCCUCUGCUGCCAAAGCUGCUGGGGGCGGCUUGAAAGGGAUGAUGACCGGCUCUGCAUGCAUCCACUGCCACCUCUCCUUCUACCACCCCCACCCCAUGCUCGCCUCUGCUGCCAAAGCUGCUGGAGGCGACUUGAAAGGUGAAGCAGGUGGGAUGAGCUGGGCUGCAGAUCUGGAGGAAAUGAAAACACCAGAGUUAGCAGAAGCCGACCUGCUGGUGUGGAUGGGCGACCUCAACUACCGGGUGGAGGGUGUGCCAUACGAGCAUGCGCGGCACCAGGUGGCGGCGCGCAACCUGCCUGCACUGCUGGCGAGCGACCAGCUGCUCAGAGAGAUGGCGGGCGGGCGUGCGUUCCGAGGCAUGGAGGAAGGGCUCAUUGCCUUUCCUCCCACCUACAAGUUUGAUCGUGGCACACCCGAUCCGCUGGCGUAUGACUCGGGGGAGAAGCGCCGUGUGCCUGCUUGGUGUGACCGAGUGCUCUUCCGUGACAGCUUCACUCCAAGCCUGCCGCCCAUGCUGCCGCCCACUCUGGCACCCAUCCUCGCGCCUUCUCUGCCUCUCUCUCUCUCCAUGCCUGCCGCCCCAAAUCACCACUCUCAGCCUCUUUUGAGUGUGAGCGCACCUCAAAGAGCGAUCGAGGAGCAGGAGUGCACGCUGGCGCAGCCAGUGAAGGCCCAUGUGUUGCGCUAUGAUGCAUGCAUGGAGGCCAUUCAGAGCGACCACAAGCCUGUCAGAUGCCUCUUAGAUGUCUCCGUUGCUUCUGUCGACCUGCCUGCUACAAGAUGCCUGCUCGGGCGUCUUCUUACCCUCAGCUCCCAGGUCCGGGCAGCCCUGCAAAAUUCGCACCACCUGCCCGACGUGCCAGCUGCCGGCACGUGUGUGGAUGUGGAUCCGUCGACCGGACAGGCUUCGGUGAUUGUAAUGAAUCGGAACGAAAGUGAUUCUAUGGGGUUCAUAGUGCAGUGUGACGGGGAGUCUGUUUUACGGUCUGGAAGGAAGGGAAAGACGGAAGAGCAGGAAGGGAGUGAGGGAGGGAGAGAUGAAGGAACCGAAGGAGGGAAGGGCAUUGUGGGAGGCACAAGCAGUGGCAGCAAGGGGGGAGGUGAUUGGCAGACGGGGCAAACAGUGAGGGCAGGUGGUGGCUUCCCUCUCUGGCUCAAGGUGCUACCUGGGGCAGGCAUUCUCAUUGCUGGCGGCAGCAUGACCAUCAACUUCUGCAUGGCCACUUCCCAUGCUGCACCGCCUGGUUCUCCUGCUGCCAGGGAGCACAUAGAGAACACAAGCACACGCACGCACCGCUUCUCGCUUCGCAUCCCACCCUCCCUGCACCUCCCAUAUGAAUAUUUUGAGCCAGCCUUCAGAGACGAGUGUCUGGGGUAA